AUGGCUAUGGCGGUGCCUGGGCAGCAUGGAUGUGAGCUGGCGCUGCUUAGGGCAGAGAUGGAAGCCGCACGCCGGGGCGCCGCCGAGGCGCGGGAGGCCCUGAGCCAGUCGGCGGAGCUCGGCCAGCUGCUGCUCUCGAGGAAUGAAGCCUUGGAGCAGGAACUGGAGGUGCUUCGACUUGAGAAGUCGCGGAUUUCAGCUUCAGAGGCAAGUCGCCGUGAGAGGCUUGAGGAGGAGUGCCGACGUUUAGAGUUGGAGCUUGAGCAGAGGGACGGGCAGAAGGCCCGGCAGCUGCGUCUGCAGAGCGCGGCCUCGGCAGACUCGGACGAGGAGCUGAGCGUGGAGCAGAUGAGGCAGAGGCUGAAGCGCUCUGAGCAAAGCGAGCAGGAGCAUCGAGAAGCCGCCUGCCUUGCCGAAGAACAUGCCGCUGCUCUCGAGGAGAAGCAUCAGAAGCUGGAAGAUGAGCACCGCAGGCUCCAGGCAGAGUGCCGGCAGCUGAAGAGCCAGCGAAGCCUGCGCACCAGCAGCCCCACGCCCAAGGAGGAGGAGCCGGAGGAGCAGGAAGAGGAGGAGCGGGAGGCCUUGGUGCGGGCGCGGCAGCGCUGGCGCCGCGCGGGCAGCGCCGUCGUGCAGCGCCUGAGCGGUGGGCAGCACACGGGCGGCUUCGCUGGCGACGGGCGCGCCGAGAGGGCGUCCGAAGACGCGAACGAGCCUGAGCCUUCUCAGCCUUCUCAGCCUUCGCCGCCUUCGCCGCCUUCGCCUUCGCGGCGCAGCGAGCGCUCCGAGGAGUGGGCUUCCGAGCGCAGCGUGGCGUGCGAUGCGACGUGGCGGGCCGAGAAGGCGCAGAUGGAGAGCCGAUCCCAAGAACUCGAUGAGGAGAACACCACUUUGAGACUCCUCUUGGAGGAGGAAAGUCAAAGGACCCAGGCUCUCAUGCAGCAAGUAGACUACCUCGCCGACCUCCUGCAGGAGCGGCAGACUCAGAGCGGCGCCCGGGACAUGCUGAAGUCGCUUGGCCUCUCGCGCGAGCCCUCGCCGGACGGCGCGCUCGCCGCCUGCGACGCCCAUGCCAAGGAGGGAAGCCAGCCGCCAAGGGAGCCCGCCCAGGAGGUGAAGUUCCAGCUGCGCUCCAGGGACCGCUCCAGGGGACCUGCAGAGGCUCAGAGCCUGGAGAGCUUCCUGGCGGACCUCCGGUCUCGCUCUCCCUCCGUAAGCCGGAAGCGGAGCCGGCCUCCCCACGUCACUUUGGAGGACUUCUUGGGGGAGAAGCCCAGCUGCCUCUUCGACGUCACAGCCUCCACGCGAGCGGCAGCCAGGCUGCCGGGGCAGAAGGCGACGGAGCCGCCCUCGCAGGCCUCGCUUCUGGAGCUCCUGGGCUGGCGGCGCUGCCAGGCUUGCGGCUCCCUGACCUGGUCCCCGCUCGCGGGCCAAAGGAGCCUGCGGAGCGGCCCCAAGAAGAGCGCCAAAGCCUGGACCUUGGCCCUCGCCGACCAGGUCCUCCCCUCUGCCAGGCACACGGAGUCACGAGUCAUAGAGGUUGCAGUUGAGAUCACGCUGCAAGCGGUUUCAGGAGCAGAUGGGCAUGUCUGCCUACCGGCCGUGGACGCAGAUGUAGAGCACAUGUCUGAUGUCCAUCUGGGCAGCAGGACCCCCAAGGGCGCAGGAACUCUGCAGAGGAAGGCCAGCGUCGCAAGCCGAUCCGAGGGCGCAACUCCCGACGCUGAGCGGAGCGAGCGCUCCUACGAUGGGUACUAUCCCGAGGAGGGAUGGUGGGAAGAGGAAGGGUACGGCCACCAUCUGCACCACUUCAACGGGUACGAGACCUCGUACUACGAGGAGUGGCCUGGCGAGGGUGGACGUCAGGAUGACAUCGAGGUGGACCUCUACUCCAUGGUCUUUGUUCUCGAUGAGUGCCUCACGCCGAAGGAUUUGUACAACGGCAUUGAGCUAGACGAUAGCAGCUUCGUAUUUUCCCUGGAGGCAGAUGACGUGGCGCCGCAGACACCUGCUGCAUGGAGGGCCAGACCUUUGAAAAUUCACCCGGAACCUCCGCCGAUCAACCAGCGAAAGGAUCCCGGGUCUGGCACUCCGACACGGAGCGGCGCUGCGACGGUCGAUGCAAGCACAGGCAACAACACGCCCACGGGAGGUCGCACUCCUCGACAGAAGGUGUCCACGCCGCCGAAGCUGGAGACGCCACCACCCAAGGACCUGCCGCCCCUGGUGGGGCCCGCGGGGCCGGGGCCCCCUAUGGCGGCGUCCGCCUCGAGGGUGGAGCCUUCCACCAUGGAGGACUCCGAGCCCUCCGACGAGGCUCUCAUGGAUCCAGGUAAGACCAGCGCGAAGAUCCACAUCAGCAACCGACAGCUGGAGCACCUGAAGCAGAAGAUGCAGGUCUUAAAGCAGCGGAAGAGCACCCCCGCUGAGGAGCGGGAAAAGGAGAAGGAGAAGGAUGUCAAGCACAAGGAGGAAGGCGCCAAGGAGGCCAAAGAGGCUUCAAAGGAAGCCGAGAAAGCCGAGAAGGGCGACGAGGAUGCGGAGAUCCCGAAUGUGUCCAAGAGGAUGGAGGGCAAGGUCCAUUCCAACUGUCCUGGCGCACACGGACUCAGCUUCUUCCUGACUCCGGAGAAUGGCUGGUGGUGCAGCGUCUGUGAGAAGGAGCAUGUAAAGGGUUCCGGCUUCUAUGGAUGUCGCCAGUGCGACUACGAUGAAUGCCAGCGCUGCGCGCUGACGCCGCAGCCGGCGUCCAAAGCUGCCGCACCGCAGCCAGAAUCUGUCAACAACUCCCAUGCCGAAACGACCAGCCGUGGCAACAACGCCAUGAAGACGCCGCCUCCACCGCCUCCGCCUCCGCAGAAAGGACCCCCAGGAGCGGCCAAGACUCCGCCGGCCCCGCCAGAUCCGAACAAAGGCUCCUCAAACGCGGCAUCCUCCUCGUCCUCGUCCACUUCCGGCCAAGAGUCCGGUCGGUCGAAGUCCAAGUCGAAGUCUUCGACACGCUCGCGCUCCUCACCCGUUCGAAGGAAGGGCAAGGAUGCGAAGAAGGACAAGGAGAAGAAGAAAGAGGAGAAGAAGGAUGGAAAGAAGAAGGAUCCAAAGAAGAGCCAGGCCAAGCGGAAAGCCACGGCGAAGGUGAAGGUGAAGAAGAGCAUGAAAAGGCCCCAGAAGCCUACGAAAUCUGCCUCUCGAUCCCGAUCUUCGGAAAACUCGGAGUCCAAGUCCAAUGGAGAAAAGGAGAAGAAAAAGAAGAAGACCAAAAAGUCUGAUGGCAAGCGUGCUGCGGAUCCAAAGCUCGUCCCUCGCAAGGAGCCCGAGAGGUGGGAGCCGAAGCGAAGGAAAGACGAGAAAGAGGUGUCGCCGCCCCCAAAGCGGAAGGCAGAGCGCUCUCGUUCCCGCGACACGUCGCCCUCUGCCGCGCAAAGUGAAGCGCAAAGCGAGGCACCAGCCGGGCCGCCCAAGAAGCGCUCUGCCGCUUCCGGCGCCGCCAACGCCCUGUCGGUUCCGGUCACGGAGACACGAGCUCCGGCCGUGAGCCUGACCCGUGCGGCGGUCCGACGCAACGACGACGAGAAGCGUUCUCCGGAGGCGCGGCGUUGGCAGUCUCAGGAGGCUCGAAAUCGUCCACAGGCUCGGGACGGCCAGGAGCUGCUCCGAAGGGUUCUUCGUGCCCAGCUUUGCCCUGGAAAGCGGGCGCAAAGCACGCGAGCAACCAAGGAGGGGGAGCCCCGGGCGACCUUGGUCCCUCCAUCGCGAAAGGAUGCGUCUUCCGACGAAGCGAGCCCUCCGCGCGCGACAUUGAGGCCCCCUCAGGACCGUGCGAAGAAGGCUUUGGAAGCUCGCAAGCCGCGGCGGGUCUGA